AGAUGAAUAUAUGGAUGAAGAAGCUUUUUGUUAUAUAAAUAGUAGGCAAAUUGAAAAGCUAUUGCAGAAAUAUCCCCUUGGUGUUCAUAGAAAAUUUGAGCAUUAUGUAAAACAGUGGCAAGUUACCAAGUGGGAUACCAAUGAUUCAAAUUCAAAUUCGCCUACGCCUUUAUUUACACCCCCUAUAUCAAGUUCAUUAUUAGCGUCAUCAGAACUAUUAACAAGGUUUUCUCUUGAUGAAAUUUUAAAAAGAAGCACACAUGGGUCAAUGAUCAUUAGUUACUACGAAUCUAAUAAAAACUUAAACGAAACAUGCAGAAAUCUCUUAGUUGAUUUGAUAAUAGCCAGUUUGUUUGAAAAAAAACAUCCCAUGUGUACUGCCUUGGCUAAACAGAUUUCAGAUAUGAUAGUUGGGACCUUUACUAGGAAAUAUAUUUUGAAUGAAGCGGACUAAGAAAGUGUCCAAAAGGAAAACUUUAUGCAAAGUACUAUAACAAACUCAGAAGAUUAAGAAGCCAUGGAUUGGUGUCUUCACAAGUGUCAAAAUUGCAGAAAAACAAUAAACCACCCUAUAGGAUUUCUGAAAAUAUAAAUUUUGAAAUAAGUAACCAUAUUAUUUUUUAUAUGUUUUAUUUUAUUUUAAUUA